ACCGGAGCCGGGUGAUUCCAUCCAUGCAGUUAUUUAGCUUCAGCGGCAGGCUGAGGCUGCAGCGCGCCGGUGGAUCGUUCGGGCACCAAAGUGCUGAUGAGGAGGCUGCUGCUGCCUCUGCUGCACCCACGCCCGGGAUUUCUACCUCUUUUGGCUGUGUUUCCUGCUGAGCGCUUUCUGGAGUUAACCAUGGUGGGCUGGCAAUAAGGCUUGACAGAAGAUGCAACGGGGGUGGUGGCUUGUCAGAUGGCUGGGGACAGGAAUGGCAAUCCUUUCUUUGCUUACCUACAGCUGGGGCCAGAACACAGAAGACUGGCAGUAUGAGGAGUGUAAGCUGUCUCGGCCAGGCCCCCCUGCAACCAUUGUGACUGUUGACGAGGAGAGCCCCAAUGGCACAGUUUUGGUGGAAAACAUGCAGAUUAAUGGCCGUUCUCAAGAUCCAGGCAGAACCAUCUCCUUGACGCUGCUUGAGAACUACAACUAUUGGGUGAUCCUGGAUCCAGCAAAGCAGAGGCUUUACCUGAACAGCACUGGGCGUGUCCUGGACAGAGAUCCUCCAAACUCCAUCACCUCCAUUGUGGUCCAGGUCCAGUGCACCAAUGAGCUGAUUGGUACAGUCAUUUUGCAUGAAGUGCGAAUAGUCGUGAGGGACAAGAAUGACAACACCCCUACUUUUCAGCAACCUCGUUACUAUGUUGCAAUAAACGAGCUGACGCCAGUUGGAACAACCAUUUUUACCGGCUUCUCGGGAGAUAAUGGUGCCACAGACAUUGAUGAUGGGCCCAAUGGACAGAUAGAAUACAGCAUCCUUUAUAAUCCCAAUGAUCCGGCAUCUAACAGAACAGUAAGAGUUGGAAACACCCUUUCAGGAAACAUUUUACUAGCAGAGAGACUAAACUAUGAAGACAAAACACGCUACCUGGUUUUGGUUCAAGCCAGCGACCGUGCUCCGUACCCUCCCAACAGACGAUCAGCCACCACCACUCUGACUGUGGACGUUCUCGAUGGGGAUGACCUGGGUCCCAUGUUUCUGCCGUGUGUGUUGGUGAACAACACACACGACUGCACCCCCCUAACCUAUCGCGCUGCUAUCCCUGAACUCACUCAGCCGAGCAAACUGAACCCGCUGAAUGUGACCCCGCCUAUCCGGGCCGUGGACAUGGACAGAAACAUACAGCCCCCAUCGGACAGACCUGGAAUUCUUUAUUUCAUCCUGGUUGGUCAACCAGCCACAUAUCCAGAGUACUUCACCCUGAACAGAACCACUGCAGAGGUGCGUGUUCUGAAGCCAAUUAGCAGGGACCUGUAUCAGAGGUUUACCCUUAUUAUCAAGGCUGAACAGGAUAAUGGUCACCCCCUCCCAGCGUUUGCUGACCUCAUUAUCGAAAUCCUGGAUGAAAACAACCAGGCACCGUAUUUUCAGUUUGCCACCUAUCAGGGCUACGUGAGUGAGGCCUCCCCAGUGGGUACAACUAUCUCUACCAGUGCCAACCUCACCUCCCCACUGGAAAUCAUCGCGUUAGAUAAUGACAUUGAAGAGACGAAAGACCCUUUGGUGACGAUUACCCUGAAUGACUACAACCUGAUCUUCAGCCUGACCCCAACUGGGAUAAUCCGCUACCUGAAGCUCCUCAAGCCUGUGGAUCGAGAGACGCAGGUGGCCUAUACUUUCACGAUGGUGGCGUCAGAUGGUGUCCAGCAGAGUAGCCCAGUAACUGUCAACAUCCUGGUUAUUGAUGCCAAUGACAAUACCCCRACGUUUGCCGAGGUCUCCUACAGUGUUCAAGUCUUUACAAACAUGCAGCCAGGAGAGACGGUGCUACAGUUAACUGCAGUUGAUGCCGAUGAGGGACUAAACGGUUUGGUGACAUAUGAGAUACUGGCUGGAGCCCAAGGAAAUUUCAUCAUUAAUAAUCGUACUGGGCGCAUCAUUGUGGCACCGGGUGUGACAUUAGUCGUGGGACGAUCAUAUGCGCUGACUGUCAGGGCUUCCGAUAACGCACCAGACAACCAGAGAAGGAGCUCUAUCACUACAGUCUACAUUGAGGUUUUGCCUCCCAAUAAUCAGAGUCCCCCACGUUUUCCACUCUCUACCUACAACCUAGAGAUCAGUGAAGCCAUGAGGAUUGGAGCUAUUCUGCUCAAUCUGCAGGCCACAGACAGAGAAAACGAUCCGAUCACAUAUCGCAUUGUGAGUGGAGAUUCCCAGAAGGUUUUCAACCUCUCUGAAACGAUUGGCCUUUUGCUUUUGAGCAAGCCUUUGGACAGAGAAACUACAGAUCAGUACCGUCUAAUUGUCACAGCUUCUGAUGGCAACCUUGGAGGGACGUCUACUGCUACUGUGAGCAUAGUGGUCACUGAUGUCAACGAUAACGACCCAGUCUUUAACCGCACCRUCAGCACUAACUUUACCGUCCGAGAAGAAAAGGCCAACUUGUUUGUAGGGCAAGUCCUGGCUACAGAUCCUGAUGCUGGAGCUAAUGGCCAGGUUUACUACCGAAUUGUCAAUCAUCCUGACUUGUUUGUAAUCAAUGCUAAUGGAAGCAUCUACACAAGAGUGCCUCUGGACAGGGAGUUAAGGAGCGACUAUGAGCUGGUCAUUGAAGCCUCGGAUGGGGCAGUGGAUCCGAGGCGGACUACGCUGACGGUCACGGUCAAGGUUUUGGAUAUAGAUGACAACAGUCCAGUCUUUUCCCAGGAAAUCUAUAUGGUGAAUGUACCUGAGAACACUCCUGUGGGAACUGUAGUUCUGAAACUAAGUGCGGUUGACCCAGACCUCUUCUCCAAUGUCACAUAUCGGAUUAAGACUGAAUCGGCGAAGCAACUGUUUUCUCUGAACCGUGUCACCGGGGAGUUGACUCUAUUGCAGCUCCUUGACUUUGAGGGCCUGGCAGCUAUGGGGAUGAGUACCUCUUACAGUUUUCUGGUGGAAGCUGUCGACCAAGGAGAGGUAAUGCCCCCAGGCCAAGCUAACGUCACCAUCCGCAUCACAGACAUGAAUGACUUCGCCCCCAUCUUCACCCAGGAUUUGUAUAAAGGCUUAGUGGCACCUAAUGCAGAGAAAGGAACAGUCAUUACCACUGUUUUCGCUGAGGACCAGGACCCCCCGGGGACUUCAGCAAGUUUUGUACGCUACAGAGUGGACAUGGAAAGGUCACCUUACAGUGGCAGCAUCUUUGAUGUAGAGCUGCAAACUGGUCGAGUCAUCACCAAGGUCAACCUCAACGAGGAGCCCAGCGUCACCUUUAAACUGUAUGUGAUAGCCUUUGAUGACGGGGAGCCAGUGAAGUCGAACAGCACUUUGGUGGAGAUCACUGUCCUUCAACCCUCUCGCAUCCCAAUCUUCACGGAGGAAGAGUACACGUUUUCUCCCGUUAAGGAGUUGGCUCCAGUUGGCACUCCAGUGGGAACUAUUCUAGCUGCCGCCAUCAAUCAGACCAUCUUUUACUCCAUUGUUUCAGGAAAUGAACUAGGACACUUCAAGGUGAACAACCGUACUGGGGUCAUCUCCACCGCCAAACUCCUGGACUAUGAGAACAUCACAAGCUACAUCCUCAGGGUCCAAGCAGACUCUAUGUUGGUUGUCAUGUCCAACCUACGUGUUCCUUCCAAAACCAACACAGCCAAAGUGUACAUUAAUGUGGAGGACGAGAAUGACAACCCUCCCGUCUUCUCCAGGAAACUCUAUAUCGGUGGCGUCACAGAAGACACCAAGAUUUUCAGCUCUGUGCUCAAGAUAGUGGCUACUGACAGGGACACCAGAAACUUCAGUGCCAUGGCAUACCGUCUAAUAAUUCCACCGACAACAGAUGGCCAGGACAGCUUUGUCAUCGAGACCUACACGGGCAUCAUCAAGUCGGCCAUGAUGUUUCGAAACAUGCGCAGAUCCUAUUUCAAGUUUGUAGUUGUUGCCACAGAUAACUAUGGAAAAGGUUUCAGCAGCACUGCUGACGUGGUGGUUUCCGUGGUCAAUGCAUUGGACAUGCAAGUUGUUGUGUCCACUGUCCCUCCCACUUUAGUGGAAGAGAAGAAGGAGGAGCUCAUUAGUAUACUGGAGCGCCAUGUCCAGGACCAGAUUCCCGGUGCCAAGGUUAUUGUUGAGUCCAUUGGACCGCGUCGUUAUGGUGACGGCUAUGAGUUAGAGGACUACAGUAAGUCGGACCUGAUGGUGUACGCCAUUGACCCCCUCACCAACAGGGCCAUUUCACCACUGGAACUCUUCAAAUUUCUUGACGGCAAUGUGCUGGACAUCAAUAAAGAGUUCCAACCACACCUGGGCGAGGGCGGCCGAAUUCUUGAGAUCCGCUCACCAGACGUUGUGGCCAGUGUGAAGAAGGCUGCCCAGGCUGUAGGGUACACAGAGGGAGCUCUGCUGGCACUGGCCAUCAUCAUCAUCCUCUGUUGCAUCCCUGCUAUCCUCAUCGUCAUGGUCACAUACCGACAAUUCAAGGAGCGACAAGCAGAGUGUGCCAAAACUGCCAGGAUCCAGAUGGCUUUACCACCAGGAGGGAAAAAAGCUCCAGCCGCUGCUCCGAGUGCUAACCUCUAUGAGGAGCUUGGCGACAGCAGCAUAAGAAGAGGCGGCAGGCCGCAACAGCAACUGCUGAGGCCAUCUCUUCUGAGACCUGAGGAGCUCUCCAUGGAGUCAGGUAUCGACCCAGGCCAGGAUUACUACGCACAAGACUACUAUAAUUACGACCAAGGUUAUGACUUUCCUCAAUAUGGCAGUCGGAGGAGGCUGAUAACUCCCAUGUAUGAUGAAUAUGGAGAAGUGAUCAUGGAGGAUGAUGGGUAUUACUACAGUCCACAUGACCCUGAGGGCCGUGGGAGAGGCAGAGGCCGUGGUGGCAUGAGAGGUAGAGGAGGUCCACCGAAGAGGGUUGCCUUUAGGGAUCUGCCUCCAGAGGAGGAAACUGAACAAGCUGAGCCAGAAGAGGAAGGCGAGCCUUCAAAGGCUGCCAAGAGACUAAAGUCUGUCAUGAAACUCAGCAAAUUCCUGGCGGCCAGCAAAGGAGGACAGCCACCAUCUGAUGCUGGUCCAUCUCCAUGGAAGAAAGCCAAAAUGCUCAAGAUGUUUGGUGCUGGAAAGAAGGACAAGGACUAUGCCAAACUGAUGUCAGCUCGCCGUAUUGACAGUCAGGAGAGCCUCGCUGACGGACCAGCAGCUAUGGGGCCAAUAGACAGCAAGUCUGAUGCUCGCAGCCGACUUAGCAAAGUUUUGAAGAAAAUUAACAUCACCAACAAGUUGCAGAUCCGGAGGAAGUCACAGAGUAGUGCAAGUCACGUCUCAGGCACAGAGAGCGAGAGGGAUGAAGAGGCCUCACAAGCAGCCAGUGAGGAUGAAAGGAAAUCUAAAGUGUCUAUUAGUGUGACCGAAAGUGAGCCAGAAGAACGUGCGAGCGAAAGUGGCAGGGAGAGAGACUCCGAUGGGGAAUCCUCAGAGAAAAGCAGUGUGGACAAAGAUUAUCUAAAAGUCGAUUUAGAUAGGGAUGACACAAACGAAAGCACUGUGGACUCGGAGGAAGAGCCCGAUGAAGAACUUGGGGAUUCUGAUGAGGAGAGCAAGUCUAAAUCUGAGGAGGAGGAAACUGAAAAGGGCUCCGUCAGUGAGAAAGAAUCAGGGACAGAGAGAGAGUCAGACUCAGAGAAAGAAUCUGAUUCAGAAAAAUCCUCAGCUACAGAAAAAGACUCAGACACUGAGAAAGAGUCCGAAACCGAGAAGGAGUCUGACUCUGAGGAAGAGUCCAGAUCUGACAAGGAGACCGAAUCAGGAACGGGCACCGCAACAGAACAAGAAGCAAGCACAGGUAAAGAUUCAGUGACCGAGGAAGACUCCGAUGAAGAGUCUGAGGAGGAUGAGGCUUCGGAAAGCGCUAGAGAAAGUGGAGUCUCUGCACGUUCUUCUGUGAGGUCAUCGGCUACUGAAGCCAGCAGGAGAAGCAGUGCUUCUAGUGUUGGUGCCACUGAGAGUGGCAGCAGGAGCAGGAGUGGUAGCAGUGCUGCAUCUUUAUCUGCCUCAACUGCCAGAUCAUCCCAAAGAACCACAUCGUCAAAAACCACCUCCGAGAAGUCUGGUGAGGAAGGGAGUGAAGCCGAGUCAGGGACAGGUACAGCCAGCGACGCUGAGUCAAUGUCCGGAAGCGAACAUUCUUCAUCUCGCGGGUCCAGCAAGAGGAAACUGUCUGGUUCAGAGAUGAGUGAGAGGUCUUCCAUCGGCAGUCAGAUGACAGAGAGUGAGAAGAGCUCAGCUCGAUCCCAGUCUGCUAGUGGGAGUCGUAGCUCCAAAAGGUCUGUCCUGAGCCGAGGCUCAGAGGACACAAUCACAGAGGAGAGUGAAGAAGAAGAAGAAGACGAAGAAGAAGAGGAGGAGGAGGAACCUGAUACGGCCAACGAGAGCAAAGAUUCUGCUAGUGAGUACAGUGAUGAGUCAGCAUCCAGGAGGUCCAGUGUGGCGUCUGGAGACCCUGGACCCUCAGCUCCCUACAGUGGGCAUCAGUACAGCACUGACAUUAGGAGCAUGAGCGAGAAGUCCGAGGAUACAUACGGAGGACUGUCUCCUAUCACUGAAGUGGACGAGGACGCCAUCUCUUCUGACAAAUCUUCAGUCAGCGGCUCUGGAUCGAGGGGCGGCGCCGCAUCAAAAGGCUCAGAGGAAACCGAGGAAACGUCAGAUGGUGAUUCUGAGUCGGAAGGGAACUCGACAUCCUUCUAGAGACAUGUUGUCACUGUGAAGCUGGGGGAAAAAAGAGGAUCAAGCUUGUGGUAGAUCGAGAGAAUGAGACCACUUCCACCGGAGAGGAGAGCACUACAGAAAACCAGC